AUGUUUAUGCAACAUGUACCACUUUGUAAUACUUUGAUUAGUUGUUUAACUCAUCGUUUUGACUUAAGGCGUAGCAAAGAAGUAAUUCUCAUUGGUUUAUGCCAGUCCCAGAAGACAUUCAUUAAGCAAAGGAAUUUAAUUUUUGAGAUGCCAACAGAUACUGAAAUUGACUGGGUCGCUUAUAUGCAACAGUCGGAAGUUUUCCUAAAUGGGACACGUGAUUAUGACCAACUAAUCGGCCGAACUGGGCCCUGUGUAUCCUGUGGAGGAUUUAAAACAUUCUUGCAACCACUUCCACCUUCCCAAGAGCAAAAAAUUAUUGCUGAGGGUAGGUUGAAUCUCCCUGAAUUUGUUUAUUUUGCCUUUGUGAUACUGGUUUUGCUUCAAAUUUGUUUUACUUUUAGAUGUACUUUAUCCGAUGUUUGUUUCCAACUUCAUUGUUGUUUUUCUACUGGUAAGAAUAAGCAUGCACAACAACAGGACGACAUUAAAUGGCGUAUUUUCUACUGGGCAACGGAGAUAAUUUUUCGUCUAAGGAAAGUCGUCAAAGAAGAAAAUAGUGAAAUCAGUGUACCAUUUUAUUACAACCCUCUGGAUGGCGCAUUGAAAGCCUGUUGCAGAGUUUUGCAAGUGUGGUUGGAUAUCAGUAAUGCUCGGAAAAAAUUCACCAUAAUUUAUAAAGCCCGUCUUUUUAAAAUAAAUAAACGUAUAAUUAAUUGGUUUCAAUCAAACCAAUUGGAUGCAACUAAAUUCAGAAAUUGUUAUACUUAG